AGACCGGGGCCAGCGCCCGAGGCCCAGAGGGCGUGAGGACAGCUGUGUGCUCAUGGCAGACCUGGCUUCACCCCUCAGGCUCGUGGUUCACUCCUGGCCCGGUGGGUGUGGCCUGUGAGGUAAGAGACACUGGCAUGAAGCACCGGGAAUACGUCACGUUGUCAUCACUGUGAUAUUACAGGAAUCGCAGCCUGGCUCACUCUGCCUGUGGCUGCAGACCUGGACCCUUUAUAAAGCCAACAGGCACUUCUUCCCAGCCAGUCUCUGUGAGCCACGAAGCCGUCAGCCAUGAGGAUCUUCUACCUGGUCUUCGCGUUGCUGCUCUUGUGCCUGACACCCGUUCCAGGCGAUGCAGGAAUCAUAACGAGAGUGCAGAGGUAUUUCUGCAAAGCCAGGAAUGGCCGCUGCGCGGCGCUGAGCUGCCUCCCGAAGGAGGAGCAGAUAGGCACCUGCUCUCUCCGUGGCCGGAAGUGCUGCCGCAGGAAGAAGUGACAGACCCCUGGGCACGAGGAGACCGUCGUCGAGUGAGAAGAUGCCUGCUUGAAGUUCGUCCAAGCCAAGUUCAAUUAAAUAUUUUUAAAAAAAAAAAAUCACAA